AUGAUGAGUUCGUCGACAUCUCCUUGGUAUCAUCCAUCAGCUAUCAGCGGUGAUAACGACGAUUCAGCAUUUUGUGAUGGAACAAAUUUAUCUAUUGAACCACUAACGACAAUGAAUAAACCACCAUCAUCAUUAUCUUUAAAUACUGAUUGUACAUAUACAAAUCAACAACCAUAUGAAAAUUAUGGACAUUUUUUUGUUAAAAAAACAUUUCAUAAACCAACAUAUUGUCAUCAUUGUGUCGAAAUGUUAUGGGGUCUUAUUGGACAAGGAUAUUAUUGCGAAGUAUGCAAUUUUAUUUGUCAUGAUCGUUGUCGAAAAUAUGUCAUAUCGCCAUGCUCAAGCAUUGCACCUAUACUUAUAAAAAACCCCGUGUGUCAUAUAUGGUCGGAUAUAUCCCGGUUUAAACGUAAAUUUUGCAAUAUUUGCCGAAAACGACUUGAAGAUUUUUCAGCUGUACGAUGUGAAGUAUGCGAAUAUUAUGCACAUGAAGAUUGCAAAGAUUUUGCUGUUAAUGAUUGUCGUGAAACAGCAACUUAUGCACCAACAAGAGAUAAUUCAACAACAUCCGUACGACAUCAUCAUCAUUGGCGUGAAGGAAAUUUACCAACAAAUUCAAAAUGUGCCAUAUGUCGAAAAACAUGUUGGUCAAGUGAAUGUCUUGCUGGUAUGCGAUGUGAAUGGUGUGGCAUAACAACACAUAGUACUUGUCGUUCACGUGUACCAGAAGAAUGUGGUUUUGGUACAUUAAGAGAUAUAAUUAUCCCACCAUAUGCUAUAUCAAUUCCACGUAUAGCUGAUCUUAAUAAAGAUCUUAUAUUAGGUAUUGGAAAUAAUAUGUCAAAACCAAUACAAAAUACUUCAAAUAAUAAUUAUAUUCCACAAGCAUCAGAUUAUGUUAUUGUUGGUUCAUCAAAUACAACUGAUUAUAAAAAUUCUGGAUUACCUACACCUGAUUCAUCAAAAGCAUCAAUUGAUCUUCAACGUCUACAGCGACAAUCAUCAUUUACUGUACCAAGAAAAAAAACUUUACCAACUAUAUCAAAUCAAUUAACAUUACAACGACCCGUUCAUAGGGUAAGAAGUUCAUCAACAGAGCAUCCGUCAGGUGGUGAUCCUGAAACAGGACCUAUUUAUAUUGAAAAAGAAUCUCAUAUUCGAGGAUGUGGAGAAACAUUUUCAACUUCAAGUAUACAAAUAGAAAGUACAUCAUCUAGUAAACCAAGACGAGAUAAAAUACCAAAUAAAAGUCAACAAGAUGAAGAAGAAGAACGAGAAAUAAUCAAAGUUUACGAUGGUAAUGCAACAUUUCGUAAUGGUACUCCCCGUUCAAUUUCCGUUCCUAAACAAGCGAGUUACACCCAAAUUCUGGAGGCUGCACUCCGCACAUUCCAUAUCAAUGAUGAUUGCACAAAAUAUUGCAUUACUGUACCGACAGAUGAUGUUGGUGGUGAUCAACCGCUUGAUGAAACAACGCCAUUAAAAUAUCUUAAACAAAUAAGUGGUCGUACACUUAAUAUAUAUAUACGAUAUAAAGAACGUGGUGAUAUGGACAUUGAUUAUGUUCGAGUUUAUCCUGGCAUUCUUAAAACUCAUGAUUGUUUUAAAGUAAUUAAAGUAACAUCAUCCAGUACAACAUCAGAAGUUAUUGCUAAGGCUUUAUCUGAUUUUGGUUUAACUAAUGUAAAUGCUGAAAAAUAUUCGCUGGUCGAAGUAUUACUUAUAUCAAAUGUUAAUUAUACAGAUCGAAUAUUAGAACCCAAUGAAUAUCCUUUACAUGUUUUACGACAACAGAGAAAAGAAUCUGUUCGUAGUCAUCGUGUAACACGUUUUUAUUUACAACAUAAAGAUGAUCCACAUGGACCAUCAGUUUCAUUAUUUGUUGGUAAUUUACCUCCAGGUCCACGUACAGAAAAACAAUAUGAAAAAAUUCUAUUUCAAGAUAUAUUUAAAUCAAAUAAAGAUUUAAAAUGGGAUAAUAUGGAUGUUAUUUAUUAUGAACAUGGAGCAAUGGUUUUAGUUUAUAAUGAUAGUGAUCGUGCAACACGUGCAUUUUCUAUUUUACGACAAGCAUAUCAUGAUCAAAAACAAUUAUUAGUAUUAAUGUUACCUAAUAUUCAACCACAAGCUAUACCAUCAAAUAUAAGUCCAUUACUUGUUUUUGUUAAUGUUAAAUCAGGUGGACAACAAGGAGCCGAAUUAAUAACUAAUUUUCGUCAUUUACUUAAUCCACAUCAAGUAUUUGAUUUACAAAAUGGUGGACCAUUACCUGGUCUAUAUGUUUUUCGAAAUAUUAAACAUUAUCGUAUAUUAGCAUGUGGAGGUGAUGGAACAGUUGGUUGGGUACUUAGUUGUUUAGAUAAUGUUGGACAAGAUGCAUUAUGUCAAUCACCACCUGUUGGUAUUGUACCACUUGGUACAGGUAAUGAUUUAGCACGUGUUCUUCGUUGGGGUUCCGGUUAUACAGGUGGUGAAGAACCAUUAGCAUUGCUCAGGGAUAUUGUUGAAGCUGAAGAAGUUAAAUUAGAUCGUUGGACGGUUGUUUUUCAUCAAGAUCAAGACAAACGUUUACCAACAGUACCAGAAAUUAAUAGUGGUAAAUCAACAUCAGCUGCAAGAAAAGCUGAAGAAAAUAGAAAAAAUAUACGAAUACUUAAUUCACCAGUUGCAUUAUCGAUUGUUUCACAAGAAGGUUCAACAAGUGAAGAUAAAACAGAAAUGUUUGUUAUGAAUAAUUAUUUUGGUCUUGGCCUUGAUGCUGAUAUAUGUUUGGAUUUUCAUAUGGCACGAGAAGAAAAUCCAAAUAAAUUUAAUAGCCGAAUACAAGCAAAAGGUUAUUAUCUUAAAACUGGUAUAAGAAAAAUGAUGAAAAAAGGUGGUUUAAAAGAUUUUACACGUGAUAUUGUACUUGAAGUUGAUGGAAGACGUGUUGAUUUACCACCACUCGAAGGUAUUGUUAUUAUGAAUAUUCUUAGUUGGGCAAGUGGAGCAAAUUUAUGGGGACAUGAAAAAGAUGACAAAUUUAAUCGACCAACACAUUAUGAUGGUAUGCUAGAAGUUGUUGGUGUUACUGGUAUUGUACAUCUUGGACAAAUUCAAUCCGGUAUACGUUCAGGUGUUCGACUUGCUCAGGGUGGACAUGUUCAUAUUCGAAUGAAUAAUGAUUAUCCAGUUCCAGUACAAGUUGAUGGUGAACCAUGGCUUCAACCUCCUUGUGACAUAACUAUCAUACGAUCAGCACUUAGAGCAACAAUGCUUCGUAAACGUAAAUCUAAGAUCAAACGUCGAAAUACAGAACCAAGUGUUUAUUUUCCUGAUCUAGACGAUGACUCAAAGUGUUGA